AUGGCUGGCCAGACCAACGGCGCGCAGAAGGGGGUCAUCCUCGUCACCGGCGCAACCUCCUUCGUCGGGACACAUGUUAUCAAGCUCUUCCUCCAGAAUGGCUACCAAGUCCGGGGCCAGGCCCGCAGCGAAAGCUCGGCCAGGAAGAUUUACAAGGCCUUCCCUGACGCCGGCGACGCACUCACCACUGUGAUUGUGCCGGAUAUCACCUCUGCCAACGCAUUUGAUGAGGCUGUCAAGGGUGUGGCUGGUGUGAUACACACGGCCUCGCCUUUCGUCUUUGACGUCAAGGACAACGAGAAGGACCUCCUCGACCCUGCCGUCAAGGGAACCACCCGCGUCCUCGAGGCUGUCGCCGCCCACGCGCCCCAGGUCAAGCGCGUCGUGGUCACCUCAUCUUUCGCCUCCAUCAUCGACCCCACGCAGGGCUACCGGCCGGGCUACACCUACACCGAGAAGGACUGGAACCCCGUGACCUACGAGGAGGCCAAGGCCGGCCCUGGUGCCGUCGCGUACUGCGGCUCCAAGAAGUUCGCCGAGAAGGCGGCGUGGGACUUUGUCGAGGAGAAGAAGCCCAACUUCACCGUCUCGACCGUCUGCCCGCCCAUGGUGUACGGCCCCGUCGAGCACGACGCCGACAUCAAGAGCCUCAACACCAGCAUCGCGGACGUCUACCGCUUCAUGGACGGCAGCUCCAAGGAGCCGGGCGCCACCUCGUUCCCCGCCUUCGCCGACGUGCGCGACGUGGGCGAGGCUCACUUCCGCGCCUACGAGCGUGCCGAGUCGGGCCGGUAUUUCAUCACGAGCGGCAACUUCGAGAACAUUGACGUGUGCAGGGUGCUGCGGGAGACGCUGCCCGACCGCAAGGACAAGAUCCCCGAGCCCGAGCUCACGGCGCGCGCCGAGUUCUACAAGCUCGACAACUCCAAGACGGGCAAGGAGCUCGGAAUGAGCUUUACGCCACUGGAAAAGUGCAUCCGGGACACUGCGCUGAGCCUGGUUGCGCUGGAGCAGGGAAAGACAUGGAGGGAGGUCUCUAAGGCUUGA